AUGUUUCUCGUGCUGCUUUUGAGCUUCAUUUCUUACUCAUUUCAGCAUGAAUGUGGUGUAGGCCCAGACUGGCAGCCAGACCUUAAGCAAUAUCCUCAUGAAGGCCGCAGCUUAGAAUCGGGCUUAAACCGUGACACGCACUUUAAACCUCUCCGCAUCCAUUUUGAGUACUCUGCCCUUACCUUGACUGAAGACCAACUAUCAAUUCUCCAAAAUGAAAUUAUUCCUCCAGUGCAACAUUGGUUUCAAUCUGUCCUCAGCGUCAACCCUCUUAUAAAUAAUCUAAUUAAUCCUUUUGACACCUGCAAUGGCCUCCCAGUUCCCUCUCUUCACAAAACUAAAGGAAUUUCAGAUACAGAUUUUAUUAUUUAUUUAAACAAUGAAGACAGCCCUUUUACCCCCUCUUUAAAUUGUACUCUAAAAAAUCGGUUUUAAUUUAUGCUAAUUAUUAUAAAAAAAAAUUAAUGUGCUGACUUUUUAAAUAAAAUUGUAUUAUGCUUCCCACUUUAAAAUAGAAUAAUUAUAUAUAAAAUUUCAGCUGCAUUAAAUUGGCUAUCAGAGGCUUAAAAUAUAUUGGGCUUAAUUUACUUGCAAAAUUGGAAUAUACACAAAUUAUUGGUUCUAGUUUAAAGGGAAGUUAGCAAUUUUAUUGCAUAUGCAGCACCGUGCCUAAUAGAAUCAAGGGGUAGAUUUAACGUAUUAGCUGGAUCAUUUACAAUAAAUGUCUACUAUUUUUACAACAUGCCAAGAUACCAACAAAUUGGUGUAGCUAUCCAUGAACUAACCCAUGAUUUGGCCUUUUCACCUUCGCUUUAUAAUUGGUUUGUAAAACCAGAUGGCAGCCGUUAUAAACAAGAAGAAAUUUUUAAAACGGUUUAUUACCCGCACAGAGGCAAGUCCUCAACAUUAUUAAUUUUGCCGACUGUGGCAGAAAAGGCUAGAGAAAUAUAUGGCUGUGAAACUGUCGAAGGGUUAGAGCUUGAAGAUUACGGAAGUAGCUCUGCAGGUGCACAUUGGGAAAUGAAGAUUGUAAUAGAAGACUAUGCCUCAGUAAGGCAUAUAGAUUUCUAUAAGAGAUCAUUAGCCUAGAAAAUGAGCCAGCUGAUGAGUCAGUGCUGAUAGCCACAGACCCAAAUUACCAGUAUUGGCUUGCCAGUUUGAGCGAUUUAUGAGCUAAAUGAUAGUUUAUAAAAGCUAUAUGCAUCCCCAAGCUAUACAUGGUUUCUGUUUUCCCUGAUUUCCCUUCUUAUUCCAACUUAACUUUAGCUCUAUUCCAAGACUCUGGCUGGUAUAAAGUAGAUUUCAGCUAUGCACAACCUAUUACUAUAGGAAAAAAUGAAGGCUGCGAAAGAUUUGAAGAAAAAUGCAUUACUGGUAGCAUAGUCCAGGCUGGGUUUUGCACUAAAACUAAUACUUGUGACUAUACCAGGACUACCCCAACUAGGUGUGAUCUAUAUAAUUAUUAUGAAGGCAUCCCUUCAAAUUAUCAAUAUUUUCAAGACCCAAUAUAUGGAGGAGGAAGGUAUUCUGACUAUUGCCCAUUAAUGUAUUCUAAUCAGAAGAGAUGUAGAGAUAACAAUGAAAAUUAUGAUACAUCUUAUGGGUGGAAAUAUGGGUAUUCUAGCAGAUGUUUUGAGUCUUCUCUAGUGCUAGAAUCAGCUGGGCAAUCACCUGUUUUUGCGCCUUCGUGCUAUGAGGUAAUACGCUGCGAAGAAGAUAAAGUUGUGGUUGGGAUUGGAGAUCAAAAUAUAGAUUGUCCGUUUAGUGGAGGAGCGGUGACAGUCCCUGGGUACGAUGGAUAUCUUCAUUGCCCAGAUUCAAGUAUUUGUGACGAAAUAGUCCCUUGCUUGAAUAGUUGUUAUGGGCAAAUCAAAUUAAAGUAAGAGUCUUAAGGUCUUCCAAAUUUGAUGCCUCCGCAUGCUUUUGACCACCGAUCUUUAAUAGUUAGAGGUUGCAUCAAUUAUCUUGGCCCCAUCAGCAGUAGUCUUCCAAGAACUAAGGCUUACACAAUGCCUCUGAGUUCGAUGGGUUAGGAAGACUCUGUGCUGAAUAUCUUGAGGGUGCUAUGGAUGCAAGCCUCCUAUCGGAAACCUUGAGGAAGGGUGAUACCCUGGAAAAUAGAGCCACAGCCCUCUGGAAAGAACUUGCGGCACAAAAACCAUCCGGGUCAUCAAUGCCCGAACUGGAAUGGCCAUCAGCUGAUUCUGAAGGUUACCCACUUCAUAAGGCCGCUAUAUACAAGCUUAGGAUUAAAAUCAAAGGGCCUGAACCUUAGUUUAGGCUAUAAAGCCAUUUUGACACUCAAAGCGAUGCGUCUUGCAAGGGGAUAUUUACCAUAUUAGUUAUGCUAUGGGCAAGGGAAAAUGUGACAAUGGGGUUUGUAGAUGCGAUGAAGGGUUUGGAGGAAAGGACUGCAGUAUUGUUUGUGUGGGAAAUUGCAAAUCUUGUAAUGAUUUGUCUUCAUGCACGUCUUGCUAUUCUAUUGCUACACUAGAAAAUGGAGUGUGUUAUUGUCCUGAUGGGGCAACUUGGGAUGAUACUCAAAAAGUAUGCAUGCCAGGGACAAUAAUUGGUUGUCCUAAAGAAUGCAAUGGCUGUGCUGAUGAAACUACAUGUGCGGCCUGCUAUGGGUCUAUGACUUUAAACGAUAAAAACCUUUGUGAAUGUCCAAGUGGGACAUCUUUUAACGUGAAUUCUAAUACUUGUGAAACUAUUAUAGGGUGCUCUGACUCCUGCAAUGGAUGUGACACUCCUCAAGCUUGCUUAUCUUGCUAUGAUACAGCUACCUUACAAAAUGGUGACUGUAUUUGCCCAGAUGGCCAUUACUUUAACCCAGAAACCAAAACUUGUGACAUUUAUAUAACUGAUGGCUGCAGCUUAGGCUGCCAAGCCUGCCAAUAUUCAGGUGAAUGCGCCAAAUGUACUGACGAAAAUGCUAUAAUUCUCUAUAAUAAAUGCUUCUGCAAAAAAGGAUAUUAUGAAGAUGAGUCAUUAGGGUCAGCUAAUUGCCACAGUAAUUUCUAUAUAGAAUGCAACGAUGACUGUACAUCAUGCACUUCCUUAGAAUCCUGCACCAGUUGUGAUGAUCCUCUAAUGACGCCUAAAGCUGAUGGCUCCUGUAUAUGCCCAGACGGCUAUUAUGGCUUAACCUUAUAUGGCUUUACAAGUUGCUAUAGUAAUUUUUACAUAGAAUGUGUCAGCGGCUGUAAAAUUUGUGACAGUGAAUAUAACUGUUUAGAAUGCACCGACCCUAAUGGGGAAAAUUAUGACAGCUAUUGUGGCUGCAAAAUUGGAUAUUUUAAUGGAUGGGAUCAAGACGGAGAUAGAAUUUGUUUACGUAAAGGAUUAUUUAGCUUGCGCUGAUAG